AUGGACAUGCUUGCCAACUCCAGAGGAUCCACAAGCCAACUAACACGUGUUUUUUUUUCCCCCCUUCACUAUCUUAAAAGAUGGCCAAAAAAAAGUGCGGAAGCUGCAAAGAUAUUCCAAAAAACCUGUCAAGUGAAAUUACAUGAAUCGCAAGAUGUCAAACUUGAAGAUAUAUUCCAUUAUUGGCAGAGCCAUGCCCCAAAGAAAAGGAAACUUGACACACCUGCAUCAGUCCCUGUUAGCAAAGUUCAAAAAAAAGCUGAAAGUUCAAGCUCUGAUUCCAGUUCCGAUUCAGGUUCUGAAGAUGAAGCUCCUCAAAAAAUGCGUCCAAUACCAACAACUGCCUCCUUGAAAAAAAAUUCUGCCCAGGUUCCAUCAAAACGGCCUCUGACAACUUCAGCCUUUUCUAACAAUUCAAAUGAAGUUACUUCAGCACCUGCAGCAAAAAAGCCUAAUGUGGCUGUUCAGAAAAAAGCUAAGGACAGUAGCAGCUCAUCAGAAAGUUCUUCAGAUUCUACAGAUGAAAAGAAAACACCAACUAUACCAAAAACUGCUCCAGAAUGUGCUUCAAAAUCUAAGACAAUCCUCAAAAAAGCACUACCUGCUAAAAAGGAUUCUUCAUCUUCUGAGACAGACAGUGAUUCUGAUGAUUCUGAUGACAAUAAAAAAAAACCUGUAACAACUAAAGCUGUGCUACCUGUGAAGAAAUUUCCUGUUGCAAAAUCAGCACCAAAUCAAACUGUUUCCGAUUCUGAUUCUGAAGAUGAUGUAGCAAGUGCCAGUAAAAUGAAAGUUGCUUCCUACAAACCUGUUGCAAAAAACACUUGUUCCAAACCAACACAGAAGCAAGCAGCUUCAACUGAAGAUUCUGACACCAAAACUAUUGCGAGCCCAAAGCCUGUGAAUGGUGGACCAAACAAUGAAGUGAUCAAAGGUACUCCUUUCAGAAGAGUUCAAUCUGAGCAUGUGGAAAUUGAUCCACGUUUAAGGGAUAAUUCCUUUGAAGCAAAGCAAGGUGCCAAAGGUUCCUGGGGUGAACGAGCCAAUGACGUCUUGAAAUACACACGAGGAAAAGGGUUCCGGCAUGAAAAGACUAAAAAGAAACGUGGUAGCUAUAGAGGAGGAACUAUCGACUCCCAAAGUGUCAAUUCUAUAAAAUUUGCCUAA